UUUUUCAAAACUAAAACCUGGUGAGACUGAGUAAAGGUUGAGUUGAGCCGACUCAGUUUAGAUGCUCAACGGAGUGCAAUACUACUUCUGGCCAAAAGAAUAAUCAGUGUGCUUGGGUUUGAUUUGGUACGAAAACUUCUCCGCUUCUUCAUACUCCACUGCGUCUACGAAGAUAAAUUUAAGAAUGUCAAGAUUUUGGAAGCCAGGGACAGAAAAGCCCCGUAUCGUCGACGACGAAGAAGGCGGCGUUUUAUUCUACACUGCCUCCGCAUCCUCCUCUUCCGGGUAUGGGUUUGCGAGCUUAGAGAAGCAGAGGCAGAGACUUCCCGUGUAUAAAUACAGAACUGCCAUUCUAUAUUUAGUCGAAACCCAUGCCACCACCAUCGUAGUUGGUGAAACGGGCAGUGGCAAGACCACACAGAUUCCACAGUAUCUCAAAGAAGCUGGAUGGGCCGAAGGUGGCCGCUUGAUAGCGUGCACACAACCAAGAAGAUUAGCGGUUCAGGCAGUUGCUUCGAGAGUUGCUGAAGAGAUGGGUGUCAAGCUUGGCGAGGAAGUUGGUUAUACAAUUAGAUUUGAAGAUGUCACCAAUAAUGACUUAACAAGGGUAAAAUUUCUGACGGAUGGAGUGCUGCUGAGAGAAAUGAUGGAUGAUCCACUUUUGAGCAAGUAUAGUGUCAUCAUGGUAGAUGAAGCUCACGAGAGGUCUCUUUCAACAGACAUAUUAUUAGGUCUCCUGAAAAAGAUUCAACGUCGCCGGCCUGAGCUACGUCUCAUCAUCUCAUCAGCGACAAUUGAAGCAAAAGCAAUGGCUGCUUUUUUUAGUACCAGAAGGCAUCGAGGACCAGAUGAUAUACCAAAGAAAGAGCCCGCUAUUUUGUCUGUAGAGGGAAGAGGAUUCAAUGUACAAAUUUUUUAUGUUGAGGCACCUGUUCCAGAUUAUCUUCGAGCUGUGGUUUCGACAGUACUGUCUAUUCAUGAUAAGGAACCUAUGGGAGAUAUUCUCGUAUUCCUCACAGGUCAAGACGAUAUUGAUGCUGCAGUUCAGUUGCUUACAGAAGAAGCACAGAGUAGCAGAAAUCAAGGAUUGAUUGUCUUGCCUCUAUAUUCUGGACUUCCACGUGCAGAUCAGGAUCUUAUAUUUUCUCCAACUCCUCGAGGGAAGAGAAAGGUGGCGAUGUCAACAAAUAUUGCCGAAACAUCAUUGACUUUGGAGGGUGUUGUGUAUGUUAUUGAUAGUGGGUUCUCAAAACAGCGUUUUUACAAUCCGAUAACAGAUAUUGAAAAUCUAAUAGUGGCACCAGUAUCCAAGGCUUCUGCUCGACAGAGGACUGGUAGAGCUGGAAGAAUUCGCCCUGGAAAAUGUUACAGGCUUUAUACAGAAGAAUAUUUUAUCAAGGAGAUGCCUGCUGAGGGUAUUCCAGAGAUACAGAGGUCAAAUCUCGUUUCCUGUGUGAUUCAGUUAAAAGCCCUGGGUAUAGACAAUAUUUUGGGUUUCGACUGGCCAGCAUCACCCUCGCCAGAAGCAUUGAUCAGAGCACUUGAAGUACUAUAUUCUCUUGGAGUUCUUGAUGAUGAUGCCAAACUUACAUCACCUGCUGGGUUCCAGGUUGCAGAGAUUCCAUUAGAUCCUAUGAUUUCGAAGAUGAUAUUAGCCUCAAUUGAAUUUGGUUGUUCUGAGGAAGUCAUUACCAUUGCUGCUGUACUGUCUAUACAGUCUGUCUGGUUUCCUGGUAGGGGAGCACAAAAGGAGAUGGAUGAAGCCAAGUUGAGAUUUGCUGCUGCUGAGGGCGACCAUGUUACCUUCCUAAAUGUGUAUAAAGGGUUUCUUGAGUCUGGUAAAUCUUCAAACUGGUGUCACAAGAACUUUGUGAACUACCACGCCAUGAGAAAAGUUGCUGAAAUCAGACUUCAGCUGAGAAGAAUUGCGCAACGUCUGGGGAUAGUCUUGAAAUCUUGUGAAGGUGAUAUGCAGGCUGUAAGAAAGGCAAUUACUGCUGGGUUUUUUGCUAAUGCUUGUCGAUUAGAACCAUUUAGUCACAAUGGCUUGUACAAGACUAUCAGAAGCUCACAAGAAGUUUAUAUCCAUCCUUCAUCUGUGUUAUUCAGAGUUAAUCCAAAGUGGGUUGUCUUCCAUUCGAUUGUCUCUACUGAUCGUCAAUACAUGCGCAAUGUCAUCUCUAUUGACCCAACCUGGCUGACAGAGGCUGCUCCACACUUUUACCAGCGCCAACUGCUCAAUCCCAAUCCAUCUCAAGUCUGAUAAUCAUGCGCGCAAGGUCUAUUUUGCUGAUCAUUUGGUAACUAUAUUCAAGCUGCGUCUCUCUCUCCUGUUGCUCAUUUUGCCAUCAUGAUGAUUUGCUCCCGGGAAUGAAACGGCGCACGACUUACGGAAUUGAGAUCAUUGAUCUGUAGCCUCUUUUAUUAAACCUCAGCAUUGGCAACUUGUUCAAGCAUAUUACAUGCAUUCAUUAUAACUUAGUUGCACACAGUAUUUAUGUUGUAUAAAAAUAUGUGGUGAUGAUAUCUGACAAUUUCAAUCAUCCAUUUUUUGAAUUCUGAAA